AGUUAUGUCUUGUUUUUGUGGGAAUAAUAAUAAGAGUAGAUGUGGCAAAGAAUUUACAAGUGUGAUAAAUGUGUUAGUUCAUAAGCACACUACAAGGAAAAGAGUUGACAGAAAUCUCAAAGCUACUAGCUUAGUGACUUUUAUGUAGUUGAAUAAACUUAAUCCCCGGUAUCAAAAACAAAACACUUGUAUAACGGUGUUUGUUCAGCACAAUUCUCAAAUAACACUCUUCUUACGUAACUCAACAAAUAGUUACAUCUGAGCGCUAUAAACACAGACACAGCUAGCUGCAAACCACUUUACUCAGUAUCUAUUCGUGCCUUAUUUCUACAGCAGGAUGUGUUCAGUUUUACUAGUUGUCGUUACGACUCUAUUUUUUCCUUUUUCAGUACUCAGUGACAGUGAUCAGGAGAUGAAUGUUAACGAACAUAUUGAUCAGAUGCUCGUAGACUUGCGGAACUCGAUCAUUUACGACGGGACAGAUAUUUUUCCACUGGAUGAUUUUGAGGACAAAUUUGAGAAGAGGGUGUCGAGGUGGGUUAAAGCUAAGGGGAGUUUCAAAGCUACUGGGGGGAGUGUCAGAUCUCUUUCAUCGGUGCAGAGGACCGGAGAUGCUACUGUCUCUGCGACACCGACCAGCGCCACCUUCACACUCCACUUGGGUCUUGGCCAGAUGGAAGUCUACUAUGAUCACUACAGAGCAUCCUUCCUGAGCGCGAGAGUAUCAGGAGAUGUGCGUCUAACAGUCCGGAGAUUCUCCAUUCUGAUAGCUGUGACCCUGCAGCUGAAUGAUGACGAGUGCAAGGCGAUCCUGGAUACAUCAACUGUAGAAUAUCUCGAUGGUAUAGACGUAGAAAUAUCUGGCCUCGGCCCACUCAACUGGGCAUUUGAGAAGAUAUCAGAGCUAAUGAUAUUAAGAUAUAAGAACGAUAUUCAGUAUCGUUUACAGAGGGAGUUGACUGAAAAACUCAAAACAUUUAUGACCAAGCAGUAUUUUUGUGAUGUCGUGUACUACUUCUAAAGUGAAAAGGUAGGCAUACACAUAAAUAAAGUUUUUUUUUUCAUUAUAAUGCAAGGCAUCAAAGUUUCUAACCCAAAACUUUGUUGGUAUGUAAAGUAUUUCUCAAAUUAUUGUCCCCCUUUGCCAUUAUAUAUGAAAUUAUUUACGCUUUGCUCUAUAUCUAACCCUAAUAUCAUAGGUAUUUAAAUUUAUUAGCCUACUGUUUUGUCGUUGAUUGAAUUAUUUCGUCUUUACUUCAAACAAAUCCAAUUUUCCUAGUUUUUUGGACUGGUGUGUUGAAUAGUACUAGAAUAUCAAGCCACAUCGAUAGUUUAAUGUCUCUGAAAGUAAAAAUCAUGCAAAACAAUAUAAUGAUGUAUAUUUAUAAUACAAGUCAAACGUCUUAAAACAUAGCAGCAAAUAUAAUAAUUCUUAUUAUUCGUUUGUGUUUUUAAAGAUAUAACAAGGCCUACGUCAAAAGCAAUUGAAACAUGAUUGAUUGUUGAUAAACAAAUCGCUUGAGAUGUACAGUCAACAUCAUUAACAACAAUCACCGAGCGAUCAUUAUCAGGGAAUGUUUGUAGUCAACACCACUGAUGUCCGCAAUCAGUCAUCGAUCUCUAUUACACUUCAGAUUGAUCUGAAUGGAGAUAAGAAUUCUAUAUAAUGCUUUGGUCACUAACACUGCUGUCAUGAAUGAACAAAAUAAGGAAAUAAAAUCUACUUUAAAAGGUAAUGUGGGAUCUAGGUAAAUUAUGAAGUGGCCAUUAAAACAAAAUUGCAAUCAUUAAUUUGUAAAUAUUAAUUUUCCGUUUAAUUGUAAUGAAAUUAUAAGUUCUUGAUAGAUUUAUGCGUUCAUUAACUUUGUUUCUCUCAGCCUCAUAAGAUUAAAACAAAUGUGUCUUUAUAUACUAUAUCUUGGGGAAAAUUAAACAAAACUUUUUUAUUCAAUUUUUCUUUACUUAUAAUUGAAAGUGGAAAAAACUAUCAUUAAUACAUUUAUUGAUACUUAUAAUUGGUACUUAUAAACAGUUCCAAUUCGUAAUUCACGUAGGAAAUUGUUAAAAAAUUAAAAUAUAUAAAACCUUAAAUAUACCUUAAGAAAAUUAUUGUGUAAUAAACUUUUCGAAAUAUCAUUUUCUUUUUACCAAUCAUUGUUUAUAAUGGGAAGGUUAAAUAUUGUAAGUGAGGGGUUUCACCACUGUUUUAUUAGUUUGUUUUAUGCCGUACUAUUAGACUAUGUAUGUUUUAAGUAUUAUAUAAGUAUUAAGUCGUUAAAACUAAUGUAGGAAGUUUUCGUUCCUAUAAAACACUUCUUAGAAAGGAUUUUUAAGAAAUAGGUCUUCCAAGAAAUGUCAAACUUCUUAAUUUAAACUUUAUAUGAAGUAAUUUUUUGGGUACUCGCGUUCUUCUCCAGAACAGGGUGUAAAGUAGCCUGGACAACAUGUUCCAGGAGCGUCUCCCCUAAUUUGCUGACAGCCCGGAAUCUCAUUACACUACUCCCUUUUCCACCCCUUUCAUCCCCCUCCCGUUACAAACCCAUCCACUUUUCCGAUAACGUGAAAGCGUAAACACUUUUCAUAUUUUAAAACCUUAAAAUAAUACUUCUUAUUCAUUGGUAUCGAAUUCUGAAUGUACAUUGCAAAAACAGAAACUUCAAAUGUUAAAAGGGUGCAUUAUUUUCACUUACGUAAAACACUUUUCGAGGCUAAAUUACUAAUACAUAAUCCAAUUAUUUUAAUGCAAAAGAAGUAGAAUGAAAUAACUGGUUUCUGAUCAAUUGAUCUACGAUCAUCAGGACAAAACGUGGUGAAAGAUGUAAAGAAAGAUGACCCACUGUGACGGUCGAGUCUUAUUGUGAGCAGCAUUUCGUUAUUUAUGGUUCAAUCCACCUCGCUCUCAAUGGUUUUUUUCUCUUUUCAACUUCAAUUGUGGAUAUGAAUCAACCACCCUUUGCUACAAAUGUAGAGCCAAUACACUAUGUAUACUAACACUAUCUUCAUUAAAUUUUAGUGCUAGCAAAAGCAAAGAAUAUAUCUGGUUAAACAAUAUACAAAGUACUUAAUUAAUAAUAAUUAUGUACUUGCUAAAGGUACUACGAAAUACGACCUGGUCUUGAUAGGAACUGAAAUUAUGAGCUAAAAUUAAAAAGAAAAAAUGGAACCACGAACCUAUAACAAUAUAUGAACUUAAUUUAAGACACUUGCAAUGAUACAUAAUAUAUUAUUGGAUGACUGUUCACGAAGCCUUUCAUUAGAAGAAAAUAAAAUGUUCUGUUUGUCUGUUUAUCUGUCUGUCCACAAGAAAUCUCAUAAUGAACUGACCUAUAGACUAGAAACUUGCACCAAGCUUAAUUUGUAUAUAAGCAACACUCGGUUCAAUGAUAGUGAAUGACUGUUAAUGAAUAUUUUUAAUUGAACUUUUAUGUUUAAUCGUGAUGGUAAUGAGAAAUUGACAGAAUAAAUCAAGCACCGUAAAUCCGUAUGAGAUUUUACCAUGUCAAAUAUUAACACAUGUAGGCUAAUUGCCCCAGAAGAUACACAACCUUUUCGUGAAUUCAUACGUAGAUUUCUAUUAUUAAAACUCCGAUAUGCAAUAAAACUUCACGAAAUUGUGGACAUAUCAGUAGCAAGAUAUCUUAAGAAAGUUUUCACCAGUAGAUUUUUUAAUUUUGCAUUAAACUUCGUUUGUACAAUCAGAAAUGUUUUUUAUGAAUCCUGUUACACGACACGUGUUGUGUAUCCUUUUGUCUUGUUGUAUAACAUACUUAAUCGAUUCAAGUUUUGUAUAACUUGAAUGGAGUCCGUUAGAAGACAAGAAGUAGAGCCUACCUAAGCUCGUAGAGACGACGGCUGUCUGAUGCAAUUGAGUUACAGGCCUCAUUAAUUCCAUCCUCCAUAAGAUCGUAAUUCCAGUAAGGAGUUUUCCUUUGAAGAAUUUUAAUCAUUAUACUGUAUAAACGCUAUAAGUUCGACUUAUACUAGCCUAUGUUAAUCGAAGGAUCCGACAUGCUCUGAAAUCGUCUUGUCCUCCAAUUUUCUCUAAUGCUUUUGUAACCUUCCUUAAUCCUGGCUUGAUAUUUUGACAAUCCUAAACAAUAAUUCUGUCUUCCUUUAGGUUGGAUAUUUAUGUCUUAAAAUAUAGUUUAAAAUUAAUUUCUUCUUUGAAGGUUCUAAUUGAUUUCGUGGUUGGAGAACAUUUUUAUCCUAAAUUCGAUGCCCGUUAAGACAACUUUCCUACAUUUCCUAAAAAGGAAAACAGUGUUUGACCACUCCUUAUGAGGUUACAAGCAAUCGAAGCAGAAAAGUGACAUAAUUUUAAGUUAUUAAAAUUAAAAUUUAUUAAAAACAAAACAAUAGGAAACAUAUAACUUUAUUAAUGUAUAUUUAAUUUAAAAAAAUGGAAUUUCCUUAAUUAAUAUAUUAAUAAAAACAUGUUCCUCCCUGAAAUUAUAACUCAUGUACAUAUACAUUAAAUUUUAAAUUUGUGUCUCUAGAUUUUUUUUAACUGAUAAAAAAUUGGCUAAAUACCAUAUUUUUUGCCAGCAAUUUCACGAGUGAUCCAAAAGAAUGUAUUUACGUUUUCUGUAUUCAUUACCGGAAAGGGAUCUAAUAUGGAAAAAUGUUUCCCAGAUCCAAAAUUUACUGUAACACCUUAAAUUUUGCUAAAUACCAUAUUUUUUGCCAGCAAUUUCACGAGUGAUCCAAAAGAAUGUAUUUACGUUUUCUGUAUUCAUUACCGGAAAGGGAUCUAAUAUGGAAAAAUGUUUCCCAGAUCCAAAAUUUACUGUAACACCUUAAAUUAUCUUUAAAGAACACGUAUUGGCCAAUUUUGAUCAAAAAUGGGAACCAAUAACAACUACAUCUCUAGACGUAAAUCGUCAAAAAUAUUUAAUAAAAAAAAAAAAUGAAAACUGAUGUUUUAUGACUAAGUACAUUCUGCUUCAAGAAAAAUGUGUUAGCAAUAAACAUUCUACGCCAAUUAUAAUUCUCCUCCUGAUUGCAUAAAUUGUAAUCCACAAUAUAUCUUAUAUUUUGUUUAAAGAUUGUUUUUGAGAAUGAAAGGAUUGUAAAGGAAACAGGAUUUUUGCCGGACAUCGGGUUGCAGAUCUCGAAACUGAUUGUGUUAUUAUCACCGAACGAUGGCAAAUGUCCGGAACAUCAUGAUUCCUGUACAAUACCUAUAUCAUAAUUUUAUGACGAGGAAGCUAUGUUUGAAAAUGUUAGAAAAGUCUUUGUAUUUUGACGAGGAUAAAUUGUGAUAAUGGGUCCAAUUUUACGACAGCUCAAAAUAUGGUAAUGUAUUGUUCAUAUAUUGGUUUAUAAUGUUCAAUACACUUGCUUCAUAGAUUAUUUUUUUUUUUAUAGAUUUAAGGAAUUUCAGCUAAACUUUGACUGAUGUAUACUUUACCGUAUAUAAUAUAGAGUCUUUUGUGUAUAAUAUUUUAUUAUAUAAUAUCUAGUUGUUUACUAUAAACUGUUGUUAGCUUAUAAGAAGUAUAUUAAGACUACGUAAUAUAAAAUGUGUAAAUAAAAGCGGUGUAAUUCUUUAAAAAAAUUAAAGUUAGCUGAGAGAAA